AUGGGGUUGCAUCAAAUCCUCGGCCUCCUCUGUUUUCUCUUUCUCUUACAUUCCUCCCUUCCCUUUGCCUCGCCCCUUUGCUCUCCUGACCAACGCGAUGCCUUGCUCCUUUUUAAGAAUUCCUUCGUGCUUGAUAGCAGGGCGUCAGACUAUUGUUAUUGGUAUCCAUCUUAUCCAAAGACAAAAUCAUGGAGCAAGGGCCUCGAUUGUUGCUCGUGGGACGGUGUCACUUGUGAUAGUGUCACCGGUAACAUUGUUGGUCUUGACCUUAGUUGCAGUUGGCUUCGUGGCGCUCUCCAAUCCAAUAGCUCCCUCCUUCUCCUUCGCCAUCUUCAGAUCCUCAACCUUUCCGGUAAUAACUUUGUUGGCUCACACAUUUUCCCUAAUCUGAGUGCACUUGUAGAAAUGACUCAUCUGAAUCUCUCUCGUUCACACUUUUUUGGUACCAUUCCUAGUGAAAUCUCUCGCCUCUCUAAGCUGGUAUCACUUGAUCUCUCUUGCAAUUAUGAUGAAUCAUACUCAUUCCCUUCUAUCAUGUUGGAAAAUUCAAUCUUCGUCAUGCUUGUUCAAAAUCUAACAGCAAUGCGACAGCUUGUUCUUGAUGAAGUAAACAUGUCUAUGGUAUCAUCAAUGUCCUUUGCGAAUUUUUCUUCUUCUUUGACACAUUUAAGCGUUUCAGCUUGUUCCUUAGGGGGCAUUUUUCCAGAUACUGCUUUUCGCUUACCGAGCCUUACUUCUCUCUAUCUACAUUCAAACCUCGACAUGUUUGGGAUUCUUCCCAAAUCCAAUUGGACUAGUCCUCUUGAGUACUUGUCUCUUGGUAGUACGAGCUUUUAUGGAGAAAUACCCGAUUCAAUUGGUAACAUGACGACUUUGAAGACUUUAGAUCUUAACGAUUGCAGAUUCACAGGAUACAUCCCCUCAUCACUAGGGAAUCUCAAGCAACUUCAAGUUCUGUAUCUUGCUGGGAAUAACUUUCGCGGGGUUGUAGAGUUUGAAACUCUUUCAAAGCUUAAAAAUCUCCAAGUGCUCAAUGUUUCUCAAGAUCUAAGUCUAACCUCCAACACACUGAACUAUACAUUCCCAAAGCUUGAGUUGUUGGGGUUGUCUUCUUGCAAUUUGACCAAGUUCCCCUAUUUCUUGAAUUUGUCAAAAAGAUUGACAUACUUAUACCUCUCUUCCAAUAGGAUUAGUGGAGAGAUCCCGAGGUGGUUUUGGGGAAUAGGCCAUGAUACAUUGGAAUUAUUAGAUCUUUCUCAUAACCUCCUGGAGGGAGGUAUACAACAAUUGCCCUGGAAGCAAUUGCAGUAUAUUUACCUUCAAAACAAUUCUUUCCAAGGACCACUCCCAAUUCUUCCACUUUCUACUUCUCGCUUUUAUAUCACCGACAAUGGUUUCACCGGUGAGAUCCCCUCUUCGAUUUGCCAGUUGAAUUCACUUCGGUACUUAAUUUUGUCUAACAAUAAUCUCUCUGGGAAUAUGCCACCAUGUUUUGGUAAUAUGGCCAAUCUCUUCUAUUUAGACUUGAGCAGCAACAAAUUCCAAGGACCACUCCCAAUUCUUCCACCUUCUACUUCUCACUUUUAUGCCACCGACAAUGGUUUCACCGGUGAGAUCCCCUCUUCGAUUUGCCAGUUGAAUUCACUUUUUUACUUAGUUUUGUCUAACAAUAAUCUCUCUGGGAAUGUGCCACCAUGUUUUGGUAAUAUGACCAAUCUCUUCUAUCUAGACUUGAGCAGCAACAAAUUCCAAGGGCCACUCUUGAUCCCUUCGCCUUCUACGUUGAACUUUUAUGCCUUUAACAAUGGUUUCACCGGUGAGAUCCCCUCUUCAAUUUGCCAGUUGAGUUUGCUCAAGUACUUACAUUUAUCUAAGAAUUAUCUCUCUGGGAAUAUGCCACCAUGUUUUGGUAAUAUGACCAAUCUUGAGUAUCUAGUCUUGAGUAGCAAUAAAUUACAAGGUCCAUUACCGCGCUCCCUAGUCAAAUGUGUGAACUUAUCGAUACUAGAUCUCGAUGACAAUGAGUUCAGUGAUAUAUUCCCACAUUGGCUGGAAGCACCGCAACUGAAUAUGCUUGUUUUGCGUGCCAAUAGAUUUCAUGGUAGUAUCAACCUCACUGCCUUUGAACUCUCCUUCCCUGCUCUUAAAUAUUUGUUAAUUUCCUACAAUAAUUUUACUGGGCAGUGGUCCACACAGGUUUUCUUAAACACGUUAUUGGCUGUAAUAGAGUUAUCCAACAACAAGUUUGAAGGGCCAAUUCCACUUCCAUCUCCCUUCACAUUUUUUUAUUGCAUUGCCCACAAUAAUCUAACAGGAAAGAUCCCUUCCUUGAUAUGCAAUGCCACUCAGCUCGAGCACCUUGACUUGUCCGAGAAUGGUUUAACAGGUAGCUUGCCUCGAUGCUUAACAAAUUUAAGCACCAAUCUGUUAGUUUUGAAUUUGCGAAUGAAUCACCUCGAGGGCACAAUUCCUCAAUCAUUUUCUUGGAGCUUGUUGACUCUUGACUUGAGUCAAAAUCAAUUUGAAGGCAUAUUGCCCCGAUCCCUUGUCAAAUGUAAAGAUCUGGAAAUUCUAGAUCUCAGUAACAAUCAAAUAGAGGAUACGUUCCCGAGAUGGUUGGGAACACUCCCAGAGCUCAAAGUUCUCAUUUUGAGGUCCAACAAUUUCAAGGAUGUUUUGAAUAUUCCCAUGGGAGCUCAUCUCUUUCCUAAGUUACACAUUUUGGACCUCCAGCAACAAUUUUAG